UCCCUCCCUGUGGGAGGCCUGGCGCUGCCCGGGCCGGUGAACGGCAGCCCGGCCGGGCAGGCCGGCAGGAGGCCGCGCCUCACGGGGACGCUUUAUCAGCGGGGAACGCAGAAGUGCUGAUAGAGCAUCAGAGGAACCACUGCAGUGUUAGGCUGGAGAUGGCGGGAGGAAGACCAGGACAUGCAUUCCUACUUGUCUUCAAUUCACCCUUCUCAGAAUUAUGCAGUUUCAGGUGGCUGCUGCAGCAGAAGCAGAAGCUUUUGUCUGGGAAAGGAGCAAGCAGAAGCUGCUGGAGUGGAGUGAACACAGGAAUGAAGCAAGAACUGGCAGCACUCACUACAAGCAGCAUUUUCCCCCUUUCCCCAGCAGAACCACAGACACAGACUACUGCAUGUGUGCUACAAGGGUGCCAACAAAUCUCUGACCAGUAGGCUCUUGCUCCAGUGAUAACCAUGCAGGUGUUCCUGUGACACCUCAAAUACUGGAAUCUAUGCCACAGAAGUAUCUGGAUUACCUAGCUACAUGAAAUUAAGCCCAGAUGCCGUCCACUUGUCGCUGAAACCUCCUAAAAGAUUCAUCUGGAAACCGGAUUAAGAAUUAAGGCCGGAGACCAUCUGCGGGCUCAGGCGGUAAAUCCCUGCAGCACGGUGGGUGCUGGGGGCGCGUUUCAAGGCUGUGAGUACAUGGUGAAGUUACUGAGGGCUGGAGAUGCAGCAGCACUGGCGUCCGAAACCUCUGUUUUAAGUUCGUGUGAUAUAAUACUGCCCACUUUAAUUUCUAAUAAAUUUCCAUGCCAGAAGAACACAGUCAAACUAUAAUGGCAGUUGAUGAACUUCAAGCCAUAAUACAAAGAUGUCAAAUUCUGGAGGAAGCUGAUUUCAAAGGAGAAGAUUUUAAUCUGUUUCAGGUAGCAGGUCAGAAGUGUUUGGAAGAUGGAUAUGCAGCUCAGUUAUUAGAAGUAAUUCAAAAUGAGAAAAACAAGGUUAUCAUCAAGAAUAUGGGUUGGAAUCUCAUUUCUCCUCUUGUUAGAUGUAUUUUUAUGUAUAAACAAGAAGAUGAUAAGCGAGAACACUGCCUGAGGAUACUAGAUCAGUUGGCACAGCUCUGCAAUCCAAAGGAACUUUUUUUGGGUUUACUUGAGCAAAUUGAGCAGACCUCUGGAGAGCAAGUGUGUCAAACUGUGAUGUUAUUGCUUCAGCCUUUGCAGACAGUGCUUUUGAAACUUCAGAACAAGAAGGCCUACUCAGUGGGUUUGUCAUUGGCCAUGAUUAUGAAUCAGCUCACUCCCUUACCUGUACCUUAUACAAAACAGCAGAUACAAGAAGAUAAACUUGGUCUCUGUCGAUGUUGUAAUGCAGUGGUGGACUUUGCUAAACCUUUUGUGAAUGAAGUUGUUAAAAAUAUGGAAAAGUCAUCAGAAUACAAUGACAUGGAGCUGAAAGAGGAAUUAAUAAAAUUCUGUAUGCAAAGCCUGAAAUACCCAUUAUUGACAGCUCAGCUUGAACAGCUUGAGGGCAUUGAAGACCAUCCUUUUCGGCGCUUUGCAACCGAAAUUAUAGACAUUUUGUGGAAUACAGGAGAAUUGAUACCAUUAGUGUUUGUACAUCAUAAAGGCAAAAGUCCACACUGGGAGAAUCAGGAGUUUGCAGACAUAGAGCGAAAGAAUUCUGCUGAUUCUUUGGCAUGUCUGUCAUACCUGAUGUUUGUUCAGCAUUUUGGUGUUGAAAGCUUUCCAGUGGUUUUCAGUCCUUCAUACCUUCUGCUGUGCAAUAUGACACAUAUUGAAGUGCUGCUGAAAAGAACAGAAGAAUCUGUAUUAUCUAAAGGACUUGAUCUGUUUGAGAGCUGUUUAUUGAGAAUGGAAGAUAACAGCCUUCUCCAUCACUAUUUAGAAUUCAGAGACUUUAUUAAUGUACCUCAGGAUUUGGUGAAAAUUAUGACCCUUUGUCCCAUGGAACAUAUGAGAAAGAAGAGUUUAAAUAUUUUGCAGUUGUUCAUAGACAAGUUUGAUACAGAGGGAAAAUACACAUUAUUCAGGUGUUUACUGAAGACAAGCAACCAUGCUGGCGUGGAAGGAUACAUUAUUAAAAAUAUAAAGGAUCAGAUUCACUUAGCGUUAACGAAGGAGUAUGACAACAUUUGGUUUACAGGACAUCACCUGAUCUCCCUUCUAGAUUUAGUACUUUCACUUCCAGAAGGUGCUGAGACUGAUCUUCUGCAAAACUCAGACAGGAUUAUGGCAUCACUGAAUCUGCUGAGAUACUUGGUCAUUAAGGAUUGUGAAAGUGACAGUCAAACUGGUGUGUGGACCACACUUGGCAAGAUAGAGCAGAAUUUCUUAAAACCACUGCGUGUAGGACUCAAUAUGUCAAGAGCACAUUAUGAAGCAGAAAUUAAAAAUAAGAAAGAAAACAGAAAAGAGGCACAAAGUUCUAAUACAGUUUGCUCUGUAACUGUUAGUGGGGAAAAGAUGCCUGCCAUGACUACUGGAAUGCAGCUUCAAGUUUUACACUCAGCUCUCUUCACAUUUGACUUAAUAGAAAGUGUUCUAGCUCGGGUAGAAGAACUCAUUGAAGUGAAAACAAAAGCUGUAAUGGAUGAGAAUAGUUAAGGCAGCUGGAGUGUUUGAAUUAACAGACUCCUGACAAGAUCAUUUGGACUGUGUGACUUCAGGUGCAAGGGAGGCCCUGUAAGGAAGAGCAAUUUAGAGUGGCCUCCAGAAGAACUGCAAAUGCUGCUCUUCAUAAGUCUGCUGUUCUUUUUUUUUUUUUUUUUUGCUCUUGUUGCAUGUGAUUUGCAGAUAUGGUCUGUUCACUCCUCUUCAGAAUUUGAUGCUUUUUCUUAAGUUUAGAAACUAAAACUAAAAAAAAAAAACAAAGAUGUCUUCUUCUCUGUGGCAAGGAGGUAUGGUUAGGCAUUUAUCUUUUUUAAAUUUUCAGAAUUUGUUGGGUAGUAGUUGCUGACUGGUAUUGUGAAUUACAAAGAUUUUUAUCAAGUGAUUGAAGAACCAUUAAUUAAAAAGCCCUGUUUAAGCAAAAUGUAUUUUUAUUAGCACAUUUUAAUGUUGACAAACAAGCUUCUCUAUUUGCAGACAGGACUGUAAGGUACAGAUAGCUAACACUACUGAAUAUACUAUCUAUAGAUAGUAAAAACACUGUGGCAAAGGAAACCAGGUUUAAAGAAAAACAACUUUGAGCCAAAUAAGAUGCUAGAACUUAGUAACAUAACAGAUAACACUUAUGUUUAAAAACAGUGUAAGGUUGCAUACAUACAGCUGCUGCUUUUAGGGAUACCUGUAUUUUUGAAUUGUUUUGAUUAUCCUUAUCUUUAACUAUACAGCUUUCCUUAAGACAUAGUAAUUUUUUUGGGGAAUUAUUAAUAAAUAGAUGAGCCUCUAAGGCUAGAACCAAGUUAAAAAUAAGGAUGACUUUCCUAUUGUGCAGCCAAACCUUUUUUUCCCUCCCUAGAAAGCACAUUUGGUAUCAAGUAUGCUAUUUUUCACUGUAUAGCUAUUUAAUAUGAAUUUUCAUGCCAAAUGCAUAUGUUGUAUGUAGUGUUUUGAAAUAUAACUAUAUUUUUAAGAACAUUCUAUAUUUUGUUUAAAAUGUAGCCACUCUAUUUAUGAAUAAAAAACCAAAUAUUAAGUUAA